UGGUACUAGAGGCUAGCCCCGCCCACUCAAAAGAGACAGGACAAUAAGUCACGUGACUCCCCCCUCGCCUGUCACUUCUGACGUUCUUCAGUUCAAACUCCGACACCAACAACACCAGCGGUCCCCUGCCGGAAAUCAUGGCGCAAAAUGCGAAUGAAGCUCUGCUGUACGCUGUCGAGAACGGCUGCCUGGAUGGCGUCAAAGCAGCUCUGAAAGCCGGUGCUGACAUUGACUAUGCCGAGGAUGACAUUGACAGCACUGGAUCGGGUCUGUUACUCGCCUCCAUCAACGGGGAUGUAGAGAUGGUGCGACUGCUGAUACACAUGGGGGCGUCUGUGUCGAAGAAAACCGGCGCUGGUAUAUCAUGUGCCCCGCUUCAUGGAGCGGCGGGCAAUGGGCAUACAGAGGUGGUGGAGUUGCUGGUACAUCACGGUGCAACGUUGGACACACGGGAUGCCUACCAGAGGACGCCACUCAUGGCUGCCAUUUUGUUCGGACAUGUCAACACCGUCCGGCAACUGAUUGAGUUUGGAGCAAGGGUUGACCUGGCUGACCGCCGUGGCAGGACGGCCCAGGAGUACUGCAUGGCAGAUGUUGUUGGAGAAGACUGUGGCUGUGUACGAAGAGAGCUGAUGAAGCUGGUACAACAGGCGAUAAAGACCAAGAUGUUGCGAUGCUGCAACCCUACGUGUGGCAAAGCGGGCCGCAGGUCCACCCUGAAGCUGUGUGCCCAGUGCAAGCUGACCCGGUACUGCAGCCGAGACUGUCAGAAACAACACUGGACUGUCGGACACAAGAAGAGCUGCAGACAAGAUACGUGCACUGUCACCGACGCUGAAGUUAGGAAAAUCCUAAAAACAAUCCAGUCAACAGCAGGGGAAGUGUAGUGUGUCAAAAGGUAGCUUAGAACAUGCACAACAAAUGCAGCUUUACAGACGUUACAACAUUUUGCAUCUUUGGUAUGAAAUGCUUGAUCACAACUUAAGUACGGACAUAAUGUUUUGGGUGACCAAAUGUGGGGGUUGUCUCUCUGUCCUAAUAGCUGAUGUCUGUGAUGUAUAUUGCAAGGCUAUA